AGGGUUUUUUUCCCAGCUCAGUCUUUUCAAAUGUUCUCCCUUCCCGCCGGAAUAAUGCUGUCAGUGGAUAUAUAUUUGCCGUUUUUGGAUAUCGAAAUGCGUCUAGUGGAUCGGAUUAAGAAGAUCAAGAGGCCGACGUUUUAACAUAGUUGAAAUAAUUAGGCGGCGCCGCACUAACUCAGUUGUCCGUGUCUCUGGUCCACCGGGCCGGUUCACUGCGCAGGUUUGGACCGCGCGCCAUUUUGUGAAAAUUGACACAAAAUUCCUAACCAAAAUUAUCAGAGGACACGGUUUAUGUUUCAUGUUUAAAACAGUCUGGAUUUAACUCUAUUGUCGUAUUUAUCGAAGUGGCCGACGCUAAAUUUGCAAAGACAACGUUAAAUCAGAAUUUGGCAUAACGUUUAUUUAGCGGUAGCUAGAAUUGUUAGCUUGAGGCUAGCCAAAGAAGCUACAGCUAGCCAGGGCAGGUAGCUAAUGUUAGCUGCGUUCAUUUUGUCAACUAGCUAGCCAGUUCGCUAAGGUUAGCUAGUAAGUUAUGCGUGCUAGUUAACGUUAGCAUGCUAGUCAUCAGCUGAUGGUAACGUUAGUCAAAGUUGCUUCGAUCGCCGAUGUUGUUCAUCAAAGAUUGGGAGAUGAAGCGCGUAUUUAAUCUGGCUGGCGAAUAAUUUCAGAGUGUGCCCAUCAGAGGACGGGGAUUGGAUUUAACGUUAACAUUACUCGCUAACCGUGCAGGGAGGGGAGAAUCUCAAGCUGGAUAAGUUUCCUCAUCAUACAGGUUAUUGGACUUUAAAUGAAGAUCGUGCCAUCAGAGGAGGAGAGACUUCAGCAUGCAAACCUUCGUCCGUCCGGCUUGCGCCCUCUUUUUCUUUACACACUGCUGGUCUUCAGAUGGCUGCUCCAAUGCCCCAUACGCACCAGCAGUACAGUGACCGCCACCAGCCAAGCACUGACCAAUCUGUUACGGUCUUACCGUACAGCGACCAGACACCACAGCUCACUGCCAAUCAGAGGCACAUGCCCCAGUGCUUUCGUGACCCAACUUCAGCUCCCCUGAGGAAGCUCUCCAUUGACCUUAUCAAAACAUACAAACACAUCAAUGAGGUGUAUUAUGCAAAAAAGAAGCGACGGCACCAACAGGGUCAGGGUGAAGACUCUAGUCAUAAAAAAGAGAGGAAAGUCUUUAAUGAUGGCUAUGACGAUGAUAACUAUGACUACAUCGUCAAGAAUGGGGAGAAGUGGAUGGACCGCUAUGAGAUUGAUUCCUUGAUAGGAAAAGGAUCAUUUGGACAGGUUGUGAAAGCAUAUGACCGUGCGGAGCAGGAAUGGGUUGCCAUUAAGAUCAUCAAGAACAAGAAAGCUUUCCUCAAUCAAGCCCAGAUUGAAGUGCGCCUCCUAGAGCUCAUGAACAAACAUGAUACCGAGAUGAAAUACUACAUUGUUCACCUAAAGCGUCACUUCAUGUUCCGGAACCACCUCUGCCUCGUGUUUGAGAUGCUUUCAUAUAAUCUGUAUGACCUACUCCGAAAUACCAACUUCCGCGGCGUCUCACUCAACCUAACCCGGAAGUUUGCCCAGCAGCUAUGCACGGCGCUGCUCUUCCUGGCCACGCCUGAGCUCAGCAUCAUCCACUGUGACCUGAAGCCUGAGAACAUCCUCCUCUGUAACCCCAAGAGGAGUGCCAUCAAAAUAGUGGACUUUGGCAGCUCAUGCCAACUGGGACAAAGGAUAUACCAGUAUAUCCAGAGUCGCUUCUACCGUUCCCCAGAGGUGCUGCUGGGAAUGCCCUAUGACCUGGCCAUCGACAUGUGGUCCCUGGGUUGCAUCUUGGUAGAGAUGCACACUGGAGAACCUCUCUUCAGCGGAGCCAACGAGGUGGACCAGAUGAACAAAAUAGUUGAGGUUCUUGGUAUCCCGCCUAAUCACAUAAUGGACCUAGCCCCAAAAGCCAGGAAGUUCUUUGAGAAGCUUUCAGAUGGUACAUGGAGUGUUAAGAAGACCAAAGAUGGCAAAAGGUAUAAGCCUCCAGCCUCGCGGAAGCUCCACUCCAUCCUGGGUGUGGAGACAGGGGGUCCAGGUGGCCGGCGGGCGGGGGAGUCUGGCCAUGCUGUUGCUGACUACUUGAAGUUCAAGGACCUGAUCCUGCGGAUGUUGGACUAUGACCCUAAGAGCCGCAUCCAGCCCUACUAUGCCCUGCAGCACAGCUUCUUCAAGAAGACUGCGGAUGAGGGGACCAAUACAAGCAGCAGCGUGUCUACAAGCCCCGCAUUAGAACAGUCCCAGUCUUCAGGAACCACCUCCAGCACCUCCUCUAGUUCAGGAGGAUCAUCUGGGACAAGUACCAGUGGCAGAGCAAGAUCAGACCCUACCCAUCACCACUUGCACAGUGGAGGACACUUCGGCACGGCUCUGCCUGCCAUGGAUGGUGACAGCCUCUGCCCACAGGUCAGUAAGUCACCAGGAAGGAUCUGCAGGAGUGGAGUUCUUGAGGUGGUUUCAAACAGAAUGGCAAGACAGCCUUACCCACCCCCGCUGGUGUGGGGAGGUGGCGUUGGACCAGAGUCAGUCACUGGAGAGACCCACCCAGUCCAGGAGACCACCUUCCAUGUUCCCCCUCAGCACCCUAAGGCCCUGCAUCCCCACUCACAUACUCAUCACCACCACGGGCAGAUGAUGGCUACGCGGCCACGCCCACGCCACUACACCUCCCCGACACACAGCUCCUCGACACAGGACUCCAUGGAGGUGGUUCAUGGCCAUCUGUCCAUGACCUCCCUGUCUUCCUCUGCCUCCUCUUCCUCUACAUCGUCCUCUUCCACUGGGAACCAUGGCAACCAGGCCUACCAGCUCCGCCAUUUGCCUGCCGGAGCCCUUGACUUUGGUCAGAAUGGUGGGCUGAGCAUGGGGCUAGGUGCCUUCUCGAACCCACGGCAGGAGACUGGCAUGGCAGCGCACCCUGCAUUCUCCAUGGGCACGAACACAGGGCCUGCCCACUACCUAGCGGAAGGCCACCUGGGCAUGAGGCAGGGCAUGGACCGGGAGGAGUCUCCAAUGACUGGAGUGUGUGUGCAGCAGAGUUCUAUGGCCAGCUCGUGACUGCACUGACAUUUGGCUGUGUGUUCCCCCUGUGCGUCAUUUUUAAGGUGGUGUUUUUUACUACAAGGUGUGUUGAGAACAAAAGCUGCUCACGUCAGAAGGGAGAUAUCACUGAACCGCUACUACAGAGAAAAACCUUUGUUAAAAAGUAUAUAUGUAAUUUUCAUCAGUUUUUCUUUUGCAAUCAUUAGGCACAAAAUAAUACUGCGGAAUAACCAUAGUGAGAUUGAGACAUCCAUCUUACCAUUUCACCAGUUUCAUGUAACCACCAAGUAAUCACCAUAUGGUAUUAUGUGGCAAAAUCUUCUAAGGAGCAUUUCAGAGCGAAGUUUGAAGCUGUUUUGCAGGUAGCUGUUGGUGAUGAAAUGCUUGGCGUCCUCUUUUGGUUCAAACCGUGGACUGCCUGACAUUACUGUUCCACUGGUUCUUAAUUAUUUUGCCCUUUUUAAGUGAAAUUUCUCGUUAAAAGCUGCUUGUAAAUCCUGUAGCUUGACAAUGAGGGGAAGUGUUUGCGGUGAUAUUUCUUGUUGUUGGUCGGUAUUGUGUAACUCUUGUUAAAGGGGAGCACAUAGCAGUGGAGUCCCUAUAGCGUGUGCUGGCCGGGUGGAGAGGAGACCCUGCAGGUGGAUACUGACACCAGCUGGGUCAAAGGAGAGGGAAGCACCACCCCUCAGGCCUAGAGGCCCCUGUAGUCCUGCAAGCUGCAACCGGGCCCGGCACAGAUGAGAGCAGCGAUGGGCACGGGAGACGAAAGGAUCCAGCCCAGUGAAAGGAAGACAGUCAGUGGCUGGUUCUAGAUAACCCUUUGGCCUUAUGACUCAUGGACUUGGAAAUGGGAUGGAGCUGGACAUUAUCAUUUGAAUUAAGAUGGCUUUUCUCUAUUUUUCUCUCUAGACAGCCCUUAAUUCUUUAAGGAAAUUAAAACAACUUAGAAAAAGGUAAAUAAGAAUGGUAAUUUGAGGCCUUUCUCGACAAAGAUUUCUUCUUCAGCAGGGCCCCACAUAACAGGGUCUUAUUGUACACAACAACCUCCUAAACAUUACUUCCUUGAAAAUCUUAUUCAAUGGUUAAGGAUUUUGCAGUGGAAAGAACUAUCUAUUCCAGAGUCUACCCUUUUAUGUUUUGUUAUUUUUCCCUUUUGCAUGUAGUUCCUCAUCAGAACCACCUGCACAAGUCUCUCCAUCCAAAACAUGGAAACUGAAGAAAAAAAUGAGUUAAGUGACUGCCUUUUUUCUCCUCAAAUUAUGCUGUGAAUUUUACAAGAAUUUAUUUUCCCUUUGGAUAUGUUUUUAUACCAAAGCAGUUGUUUUAUAGCAUAUAGGUGUCUGUAACCAAUAAUGUAGCAGUUCACCACUUUGACGCAAAGUUUAUCAAGAUCUUAUUUUAACGUCAAUACAAACAGCUGCAAUAUAUUACUUUAGCAAAACUGGAGACCGUUGUUGAGACCGUUGGCUAUUGUGUAUUCUGGCCAGAUUUGUUUGCAACGUUUUACCAAAACUGUUUCCAUAUUAAUUGGUAGAUUAUUUUGGGAGUCUUUUAAAACUUUGGUAUGUUAGAGAAUUUGGUAGUUACUCUGCAGGCUCCGGAGUAGCAAGAUAGAAGCUGAUGGUUUAAAAAAAAAAAAAAAGGAGACUAAUGCGUUCUAUUUCUGUGUCGUCGUUUUUCUUUUGCCCCCAUCAUACUAUUUCAAAGGGUUUUGCUGCCUUUCAUACAUCAUUUGGUCAACUUGGCUAGUUUCUGCCAUGAAGCAAGACUUUACGUCAUUGUCUUGGCAGGGUAAGGAUAAUAGUGGCAAAUCAGUUUGUGUUGAAUGGUAUUUUUCUGAUUUGGUAGGGCAGAUCCCCCAUGAUUGUUGUCCUAUUCAAAGGGAAAGGGUGUCCGUCAGCCCACAGUCACAUGCUUUGCCUAAGCAGACAUGCAUGUCCUCAAAACAUUACAGUCAAUAACCAGAUUUUUUUUUAUAUCAGGGAUUUUGAAGUGCUUUCUUUCUUCUGUUGCUCAUUUUACCAGCUUUGAAAAUUAGACAGAAAAAACCCUGCCCACAGCCACCUUUCAAAAUUUAAGGGCAGGCCACAGGUCAUGCUGUUGCCAUUUUAAAGGAGAAACCAUCAUAAAGAGAUCAUGCUUGGUAUUUCCACAAACACAAAUGUAAAGCUACCUAUAUUGAGAUUGGGGUUUUAUCUGGAUGUCAAGGUUAAUUGCAAAUUUGCAAUCAUUUUUCAUACCCCGCAGAAUUUGAGACAUUUAGAAAUUGCCAGUGGUUUUAUUGCUGGCACUCAUACUGGUACUAAACAUUCCAAAAAUAAAGACUGAAAAAUAAAAAAAAUUGACUGCAGUGACUCGUAAGUGUGCGCCUAUUUCAGAUCAUGCUGAUUGACCUCUUAUUUAGAGCAGUUGUCAUGAAAUGCAGCCCCUUUUUAAUAGUUGAAAUAGAAUUUAUGUAUAUAUUUAUAUUUUUUUAAUAAAGGAAGUAUAGAACUCACUACCUUGCUCCUGCUGGUAUGUUGAUUAUGUUUGUCAAUUUGGUGACCAUUCAGUGGGCAGGAACUCCUGUUUUCUUAGUGGCAAAACCUUGCCUUUUGGCAAAGGUACUUGACUACAUCAGGACAACACUAUGAGGUAGGGUUUGAAUCAAACAGGGAAAGCUAGAUCUUCAAACCUUAAUAAUUUUCACAGGGUAUAUUGUAAGUGCAUGUACAUCACAAACCUUACUUUUUGGUUAUAUGAGAAGCACAUGGUUGAAAAAAAGGUUCCAUCUUUCAUAAGCCUGUUGAGUUUGUGGGUUAUACACAAACACGUAUACUUGUUGACAUAUCUGAACACCCAACAGAAGUUGAAAUCCUCUUAUUUAAUUUGGAUUUAUCCUUUUCAUUUUUGAUUUCACAUUUUUUCACUUUUUUUGUACAUGCAACAUGCACUAUAGAAUUGAACAGCAUGGGGGAAAGGAUAAGUCCAUGUAUCCACAGAUUGUAAGAUCUAGUCAAGACUUUGCUGUGUUUAUGACAAUGCCCUUUGUAUUAUAUUAAGACAGUCUUAUGUAUGAUAUAUAAAAAGAAGUUAAUUGAA